AGCCAAUCAGAGGGCGCGCUCUGAGUUCCGUGUUGCUGUGGUUUCCUUCCAACAGUCCAAGCAGGAAGUGCCAGAAGUGUUAUUGUGGACGGCUGCUGUUCUCUCAGGUUCUCCAAAUCAUGUGACCCUUUCAGAAUGAGUAAGCGUAAAGCCAGCGUGAUCGUUGAUGCAGCUACUCUGAAGAGCCGGCGACUGACAGCUGCAGGAGCUGAAAAUAAUGCAACAGACACAAACCAUCAGGGAUUACCAUCAAACAUCUUCACUCCCUCCCUCUCGGGGGACAUUGGGCUCAUUGAAAGCAUCUCCUUAAAGAACUUCAUGUGCCACCACUCUCUCGGACCGGUUCAGUUUGGGCCCCACGUGAAUUUUAUUGUGGGGAACAAUGGGAGUGGAAAAAGUGCCAUUCUGACCGGCUUGAUUGUGGGCCUCGGUGGAAAGGCCACUAUGACAAACAGAGGGCUGUCACUGAAGGACUUUGUAAAAAGUGGAGAAAAUACUGCAGAUGUAACUGUAAAACUGAGAAACAGAGGAGCAGAUGCUUACAAAAAGGAUCUGUACGGUGACUACAUCAUUAUUGAACAACGCAUAUCCAGCGAUGGAUCUCGGACUUACAAACUCAAGAACAAAUCAGGUCAACUGGUGUCAAACAAAAAGGAAGAGCUGAUAGCAGUUUUAGACCACUUUAACAUCCAGUUGGAUAACCCAGUAUCUAUUCUAAGCCAAGAAAUGAGCAAACAGUUCCUGCAUUCAAAAAAUGAGUCGGACAAAUAUAAGUUCUUCAUGAAAGCAACUUUACUCGAGCAGAUGAAGAGAGAUUACAUCCACAUCAAGCACACUGAAACAAUCACAAGACAACAGGUGGAGAGGCAAGAAGAGAGCCUCAAGGACCUAAAGCAAGAGUUCCUACAGAAGAAAGAGCGAUAUGAAAGCUUGUCAUCUUUCAGCGAUCUGACGGAGACCUUGGAGAACCUGAAGAAAAAUAUGGCCUGGUGUUUGGUCAGGGACAAGGAGCAGUCCAUAGAGCAGCUGAAGGAGGACAUUAAAAAGGAAGAGAAAAACAGAAAGCAUGAGCAUAACCUGCAGCUCUGUCAGUCAAAACUAGCAGAAACAGAGAAAAGGCUGCAGGUCAUUAAAAAGCGAGCCGAUGGUCUGCGAGAGGAGCAGAAGUCCCUCAGAGAGGAUAAUCUCACCUUCAAGCAGCAAGCAAAGAUAACUAACAAAGCUCACAAAGAGCAGGAGCUUGUUUAUUUCCGGGCUCUGAAUAAACUUAAACAAACAGAGCGAGAGCAGAACCUUCUCCAGGAGAAAAUUAACAAGGCCAGAGCAAGUGAGAGGCUGAUCAACAGCAAAGACGCCAAACGCUCCAAACGGCGUGCGACUCUGGGGGACCUGAAAGAGCAGCUGGCUGAGCUUCAGAAGACCUGCUCGCAGCUGAAUGAAGACAUCAAGAAGAAACAGCAGGCUCUCCUGAAAGGAAAAGAAGAGCAAGACAAGCUGAGGGUUGAAGCAAAGACGGUGCAGUUUGCUUACGAGUCCAAGAUGAAGAGAAAGAACCAGCUCCUCGCCAGUCGAUCCAACAAGCUCAAGCGCUUUGGAGAUAACGUACCCGAUCUGAUCGCUGCAAUUGAUGAAGCAUUUGCUGCGGGACGUUUUAUCAAGAAACCUGUCGGCCCAAUAGGGGCGUGCAUCAGCAUGAAGGACCCCUCUCUGGCUGUGGCUGUGGAGUGCUGUCUGCGGAGCUUUAUGAAGGCCUUCUGCUGUGACAACUACAAAGACGAGUCGGUCCUGCAGGGGCUGAUGUCUCGCUUUUACCCUAAAGGCAACAGACCACAGAUCAUUGUGAGCUCCUUCUCUGAUAAACUCUACAACGUUCACGGACGAAAGGCAUGUCGUCCAGAUUACCAAACCGUGUUGGACACGAUCACAGCAACAACUCCGGUCAUCUUAAACUCCCUGGUUGAUAUGAGGGGGAUAGAAACCAUUCUCAUAAUCAAAGAAAAAGACAAGGCGAGGAAGAUCAUGCAGAGAGGGCGGCCUCCAAAAAACUGCCGUGAAGCCUUCACAGCAGAGGGAGAUCAGGUGUUCCCAAACCGCUACUAUACCUCUGAAUUCAGCAUGGCCAAGUACCUCAGCGGGGAUAUCGAGGCCGAAAUACAGUUGCUGGAGUCUGAAGUGGAGAAUCUUAAAGCUCAGCUGUCCAGGUUUCAGCUUCAGGUGAAAUCUGUCACAGAGGAUAUAGAAAGCAUGGAGAGCAACCUGAACAACACCAUCAAAACGCUGAAGAAGACUCAGGCCUCUAUGAAUCAGGUUAAAGCAUCGAUAAGUGAGCUGGAGACCGCUACUGAGGAGCAAAGUGAUGACCUCACCUCCUUGGAGGAAGUUGCCCAGGAGAACCAGCAGAAAGUAGAGCUGGAAAAACAGGCUGUUCAGGAAGCAAAGGCAGAAUUGGACAAGCAAAGAAAAUCAUCUGAAGAGGCAGACUCCAAGUACUCCUCUGUAAGAGACAAAAUCGAUCAGCUGGUAGAGGAAAUAGAGCCACUCAAGGACGAGCAGCUGAAACUGGAGACGGAGUGUGUGAAGCAUGAACGCAACCUUAAACUGUUAGAGAAACAACUGAAGACUCACAGGGACAACAUCCAGGCCAUGAAAAGCAUGCUGCUGGAAAGAGAGGAAGAGUUACAGGAAAACAUAGAGAAAGCCAAACAGAUCAGCCCUGAGCGGCAGCCAGUCACAUGCAGCACCAAGAGCAUCGACGCAGAAAUCACACGGCUGAAGAAGAAGCUGAAGGUGUACGAGAGCAACCAUGGCGAACAGGAGCAGGUGAUCAGGGAGUAUGCCGAGGCGCUCUCGCUCUACAAAGAGAAAACCAACCAAGUGAGGGAUCUGCGCAAGUUCAUCGAUCGGCUCAACAUCAUCAUGUCGGACAGGCAGAACAGAUACAAAAUAAUGCGCAGGUCCCUCUCGGUGAGGUGUAAGCUGUACUUUAACAACUUCUUGAUCAAGAUGAACUGCUGUGGCUCCAUGAUCUUUGACCACAACAACGAGACGCUUUCCAUCUCAGUGAAGCCUCCAGGCAGGGACAAAGAUGGCGCGAGUGACAUGAGGUCUCUGUCUGGAGGGGAGCGCUCCUUCUCCACCGUCUGCUUCAUGCUGUCCCUUUGGGAGAUCACAGAAUCGCCCUUCAGGUGUCUUGACGAGUUCGACGUCUACAUGGACAUGCAUAAUCGGAGGAUCUGCCUGGACCUCCUGUUGGAGCUUUCAGAGCGGCAGCACCUUCGGCAGUUCAUCUUCAUCACUCCGUUAAACACCAGUAACCUCCCCAGAACAGCCCUCAUCAAGAUCCAUCAUCUGGGAGAUCCUGAACGAGAAGAUCGCCACACAAAAGACAAAGAUGUGCAGCAAGUGUGAUCAGGAAAUAUUAAUACUAAUAGUUUGUGUAUGGGAGAUGCUUAACUUUUAAAAUCUGACAUUUUUACUGCAGGUGUUUUUAUAAAUAUAGAUUUAGAUAAAUAGACUUUAAAUAUCUGGUGUAAGAAUUUUUUCUCUGUAUAUAGAAAUUUAGAUGGAAAACGUUUUAUAAAGUUUAUGCUAUAUUUUUAUGGUUUUACUUGAUGAUGUUCACCCAUAUUUUGUAUCAGAAAAGUGUUUUGAGUGUCUGAGAAAAGAGUUUUCACCCUGUUUGUUUAAAUGACUAUUUAUGAUAUUUUGGCUGAUCUAUGUUUUAUCUGUGGGCCAAACAAGGAUUGUAAAAUGUCCUUAGAUCAUGUUUGGGUUCAGCUUUGUAGAAUUUUGCAUUAUGUUAGAUUUGCUUUAAUGUAUUUUAAAAUGAGUCUGAUUUUCAUUAUGUCCCACCUCAGAUAUUCCUUCACGUAGCUGAAACAAUGAUGCUGUUUACCUUCAUCAUCCGCCACUCGUUCUUUUUCCUUCCUCCAUCUACUUGUGUGAUCCCAUAUUCGUGCUGGCGCUAUAUGAGGACAGCUAGAUGGCCUCGACUUGGAAGGAUUUGUAAUGCUUCUACUCCUCAUCAUGUUUAAGAAUAAAUAUUUUUUUUCUCAUUU